AUGUCGAACCUUUCAUCCCAGAAGCGUCUGGCCGCCUCCGUACGUUCACCGUGAUCAUCCGGAAUGACCACACCUUGUCAUCAUGGGCGGUGUUGUAGUCGUUGUGUCGCGGCAGUCAAUUGACUUUUUCUACCGCUGUCGUCCCCGUCCCCGUCGCCUUCGCCCUCGCGCCGUCGUCUCUCUGUGCCGCCUACGCCCACGCCCGCCUCGCCCACCAAUCGCCCCAACCCCCCUUCAUUUCCCCUACAGGUCCUCGGUGUCGGAAAGCGAAAGAUCUACCUCGACCCUUCGCACUUGUCCGAGAUCGCCAACGCCAACUCGCGUGCCAAGUAGGUCCUAUUGUCACCUCAAAUCAGGCGUAGGCCGUGUCGCCCGUCCCAGCCUUAGCCCGCCGUGCGCCGUGCGCCCUCCGCGAAUCGAACCGCCCAGUGCGAAGCGCGCUAGCCCGCAGCCGAGCCCCGACCAGGACGCAGAUCGAGCGACCACCGCAGUGUGCACCAUGGAUCAGGGAGCAGAAAGGAAACGAAGAAUGUAUGCUGACCAUCUGAUCGUGGAACUGCGGCCCUCUUUUCUGAACAGCAUCCGAUCUCUCCGCAAGGAUGGCUACAUCAUCGUCAAGCCCCAGGUGAUCCACUCGCGUGCCCGCGCCCGCGACCACGAGGCUGCCAAGGCCAAGGGACGUCACACCGGUGCCGGUAAGAGGAAGGGUUCCGCCGAUGCGCGUAUGCCGACCAAGGUUUUGUGGAUGAGGAGGCAGCGUGUGCUCAGGCGCAUGUUGCGCAAGUACCGAGAGGAUGGCAAGAUCAACAAGCACCUGUGAGUGGAGGAGACGAUGGCAAGACAGGGAUUGAAUAAGGGGUUAUGUAUGCUCAUGUAUGGUCCUAUAAUGUUUAUUACUGCUGCAGCUACCACGAACUGUACUUGAAGGCCAAGGUGCGUUCCAGAGAGCAAAAUGAUUGGAACGCUGCAUCAGUCGGCGCGCCGAAGAAGCUGACUCUUUUGGAGAUUUGUAUUCCUUUCUCGUCAACAGGGUAACGUCUUCAAGGCACGUCAAUUACGCCACGUCGGAUCUUCCUGCUCUGCGACCCGUUGCUAACCUUAACAUCUCUUUGACCCCGCCGCUGCAACUUUAAAACAGAACAAGGCUAGUCCAUACUCAAAUAAUUAUGUCCUGCUGCCUCCCAAGCUAAUCGGUCCUGCUCUGUCCAUUCAUAGCGCGUUCUCAUGGACCACAUCCACAAGGCCAAGGCCGAGCAAUCGCGCACCAAGAUCCUCGCCGACCAGAUGGAAGCCCGCCGAACGAAGAACAAGGCUGCCCGCGAGCGCCGCGCCGGCCGCAUUGCCGAGAAGAGGUCCGCCAUCUCUGCCAUCGAGACCGAGGCCGAGAUCAAGGAGUAA